UGUUGAUAUAUAAAGUGAAAAGCAGAUGAAAAAUAAUAUUGGGUAACACAAUCUUGCGCCUAGUCCUUACCGAAAACUAGAGGCCAGGGUCUCGUGUGUGUGGGUUCUGUUUAUCCCAAACGCCACAAACAACAGAGAGAUAGAGAGAGAGAUAUGGCAGCAGCGCCUUCUUCUUCUUCUUCUCUCUGUACUCUCAAUGGUUCUCACCGGAGACCAACCCCUCUUUCUCCGCUUCGCUUCAUGGCUAUUCGUCCUCAACACUUUCGCUCUUUCGCUUCCUCUUCGCACUUCCUUGGAACUACUCGAAUUAAAUCCACUUCAAACCAAUUUCCUCAAAGAAGAAGACGUUUUUCUGUUUUCGCCAUUUCCACUGAUGAGGCGAAGCGUGCUGUCCCGUUGAAGGAUUAUCGCAACAUUGGCAUCAUGGCUCAUAUAGACGCUGGAAAGACAACUACAACUGAACGGAUUCUCUUCUAUACCGGAAGAAACUACAAAAUUGGAGAGGUACAUGAGGGAACGGCAACAAUGGAUUGGAUGGAACAAGAACAAGAAAGAGGGAUUACCAUUACUUCUGCAGCAACCACCACAUUUUGGGAUAAGCAUAGAAUCAACAUCAUUGAUACUCCUGGUCAUGUUGACUUCACCUUAGAAGUGGAGCGAGCUCUUAGGGUGUUGGAUGGAGCUAUAUGCUUGUUUGACAGUGUUGCUGGUGUUGAGCCACAAUCAGAAACUGUGUGGAGGCAAGCUGAUAAAUAUGGGGUGCCUCGAAUUUGUUUUGUCAAUAAAAUGGACCGCCUUGGAGCUAAUUUUUUCCGAACAAGAGACAUGAUAGUAACAAAUUUAGGUGCUAAACCACUCGUACUUCAGCUACCGAUUGGUGCAGAAGAUACCUUUAAGGGAGUUAUUGAUCUUGUUAAGAUGAAAGCUAUAGUUUGGAGUGGAGAAGAGCUUGGUGCCAAGUUUUCUUAUGAAGAUAUACCUGCAGAUCUCCUAGAGAAGGCUCAAGAUUACAGAUCACAGAUGAUUGAAACCAUAGUUGACUUAGAUGACGAGGCUAUGGAGAACUACUUGGAAGGAAUCGAACCAGAUGAAGAAACUAUUAAAAAAUUAAUUAGGAAGGGAGCCAUAGCAGCCACUUUUGUGCCAGUGUUGUGUGGAUCAGCUUUCAAAAACAAGGGGGUCCAACCGUUGUUAGAUGCCGUAGUGGAUUAUCUACCAUCACCACUUGAUGUACCACCAAUGAAAGGCUCUGACCCUGAAAACCCAGAAGCAAUAAUAGAGAGGAUAGCAAGUGAUGACGAAUCAUUUUCUGGGCUAGCUUUUAAGAUCAUGAGCGAUUCAUUUGUAGGCUCCCUUACGUUUGUCAGGGUGUAUUCAGGAAAGCUAACAGCAGGGUCUUAUGUACUCAAUUCAAACAAAGGGAAAAAGGAAAGAAUUGGUAGACUUCUAGAAAUGCAUGCAAACAGCAGAGAAGACGUUAAAGUAGCUUUAACAGGUGAUAUUGUUGCUCUUGCUGGUUUGAAAGAUACUAUAACUGGUGAAACAUUGUGUGACCCCGAUAAUCCAGUCGUGCUUGAGCGUAUGGACUUCCCUGAUCCUGUAAUUAAGAUUGCAAUUGAACCCAAAACUAAAGCUGACAUUGACAAGAUGGCAGCUGGUUUAGUUAAACUUGCUCAGGAAGACCCUUCUUUCCACUUCUCCCGUGAUGAAGAGUUAAAUCAAACCGUGAUUGAAGGAAUGGGAGAAUUGCAUCUUGAAAUCAUUGUCGAUCGUCUCAAAAGAGAAUAUAAGGUAGAAGCUAAUAUUGGUGCUCCUCAAGUCAACUACAGAGAAAGCAUUUCCAAAAUCACAGAAGUGAAGUACGUGCACAAGAAACAAUCAGGUGGACAAGGUCAGUUUGCAGAUAUAACCGUACGGUUUGAGCCCAUGGAUCCAGGUAGUGGAUAUGAGUUCAAGAGUGAAAUCAAAGGAGGCGCAGUUCCAAAAGAAUACGUUCCUGGUGUGGUUAAAGGAUUGGAAGAGUCUAUGAGCAACGGUGUUCUAGCCGGCUUUCCAGUUGUUGACGUACGCGCAGUACUCGUUGAUGGUACUUACCAUGACGUAGAUUCAAGUGUGCUGGCUUUCCAGUUGGCAGCCAGAGGAGCUUUCCGGGAAGGAAUGAGAAAAGCCGGACCAAAAAUGCUCGAGCCUAUAAUGAAAGUUGAAGUUGUCACUCCUGAAGAACAUUUAGGAGAUGUAAUUGGUGAUCUCAACUCAAGAAGAGGACAGAUCAACAAUUUUGGUGACAAACCCGGUGGACUCAAGGUGGUUGAUUCAUUAGUACCUCUUGCUGAGAUGUUUCAGUAUGUGAGUACUCUUAGAGGGAUGACGAAGGGUCGCGCGUCCUACUCAAUGCAAUUAGCCAUGUUUGAUGUGGUACCUCAACACAUUCAGAAUCAACUUUCCACAAAAGCACAAGAAGUUGCUGCUUAAUGUAUUUCCUUGGUGUCAUAACCAGGAUUAUCUUCUCUUUGAUACUUCUAUAAUGUUCAUUGUUCUAUAUUUUUUGGGGGUAUUUUUUGUUGUAAUUUUUCUUGUACCAAUACAACGUUAGCCACUAAAAAAACACUCAGAAGGAAAAGGGAAACGACACAAUUUUUCUGUCUUCUACGUUUUUAUUUUGUCAAUUUACUUCUGAUUUCUGCGUAA